AAUCGAACGCUAGUUGUCUGCUUUGACGGGACGGGAGAUUCGUUUGACAACGAUCAUUCGAACGUGGUUCAAUUUGUGUCGAUGCUCAGAAAGGACGAUCAUGGACAAAUGGUUUAUUAUCAGCCUGGCAUAGGGACGUACAUGAGCCCU